UUGUUUUUGUUGUUGUUGUUGUUGUUGUCAGUGUCGAACGAUGAGCCAGUGAUGGUGAAUUCAUCAGGUGUUAUUAUUGUUCAGUGUAGAAAUAAUCAUGCCUAAAGGAUCAUCAUUUGAAUUAUCAUCAUUAUUAUCCAGAUGUUUAUUAAAUGGAUAUCAACCGAAUAUUGAUCGAUUAAAAUCAUAUCAAAUACAGAAAAUUCGACGAAGAUUAAAAUUAUUAGAACAUUAUCUAAUUAAUUAUAGUGUUUGUCAUUUGAAAUGGUUUGAAAGAUUACCAAAUGGAUUUCGUGGCAUUGUUUUUGCAUUCAAUCAUGGCCUUAUAUCAUCAAUAUGUUUUGAUUCGGAUUAUCAAUCAAUCAUCUAUGUUGGUCAUGAUCACAUUGUACCGAAUAAAUUAUCAUCAAAACGAAUUUCAAGUAUUGAAAUGACCGAUAAUGCAGUGAUCAUAGCAUUUGUUGAGCCAUUUAUCGCUAUGAUCGAAUUUGAUGAUUCGAUUGAUUUAGGUCCGAAAUUAAAAUUUAAGAAUAAUUAUCGUUUAAAACAUUUAGAACAAUUGGGUGGCCAUAAUAAUGGUCGUGGUAUGGCAAAACGUAAUAUAGCCAUAUGUGAAUCUGUAAAUUUGGCAUUAUUAUGGUCGAAUCGAAUGCCACAUCGACCGAUCAACAAAUUGUUGCCCAUCACACCAACUGUUCGACAAACACAACAACAAAUAGAAAAAAAUCUUGCCUUAUUAACUUUGGAUGACUUUCGACUGAUCGAAUUCGAUCAUUCAAUUAAUGGUGAAAUUUUACAGGCCGAUUUCGUUACAAAUGAUCGUGGUAAAUUUGGUGUUUUACAUAAACAAAAAACAUCCGUUUAUAACCUAACUUAUUCAUUGUUUGAAUUUAUCGAACCAAACGGUGAUAAUGUUGUUCCUAAUGACUGUGGUCCGAUUAAAUUGUUGUUCGAGAUUGGUAUACCAUUGGAAAAACUUUGUUUCGGUGCGGAAUUUACUAGAUUACAGGAUAAAAUCCUAUUGCUAUGUGAUGAUGAAUCCGUUAUGUUAUUCAAUAUUGAACAGAAUGUUCUUUAUGCAUUAAAUUCAAGUAAACCAAUCUGUCAUAUGGCUAUGUAUCCAUUGGAUUCAUUAUUCGUUACAUGCGAUCCUAAUGGUUCAAUAUCGUUCUAUGAUAUUGCUUUCCAGAAUAUUAUACACUCCAGAAAUUCAAUAUCGAACGAUUGUCAUCCAAAUUCUAACAUGUCCGUCAAACGAUUACAAUUCCUAUCGGCUGAUAUACUUGUCGUAUUGAUGGUGGAAAAUCGUCGUCAAGAUUCAAUCGAUACAAUCGGUCAUUCACAACAGCCAAUAUCAUCGAUUUUACGAACAAAAGAUUCGAUAAAUCAUCAUAUGACUACCACCUGUUGCAUGAAAUUAUAUCAUCUACCUUAUCGUUUAUCAUUCAAACAUCUUAUCAAUGAAUAUCUUUAUCGAAAACAAUAUGAAGAAUCAUUAAAUGUUCUUCGUACAAUCAAUUGGAAUUGUUCCAGUGAACAAGCAUACCAUUGUUUGCAUAUAAUAUUUCAACAUCUAAUCACUGCACCAUUAUCAUCCGUUCCCAAUGGAGAUGUUGAAAAAACAAUCGAUAAAUACAUUGAAUCAACAUUGGCCACAUUUUUAUUACCGAUGACACCGAUUGAUUAUAAAAUUUUCGAACAAAUUCUACCCGAUAUUCGUCAAUUGGCAAUUCGAUUUUUUUAUCAUCUUGUACGUAAUGGUUCAUUUGAAAAAGCAUAUCAAUUAGGUAUUGAACUUAAAUCAACACGAUUAUUUCUAUUGUUGGCACAAUUAUCACGAAUGAAUGGUCAACUGGAAUUGUCGAAUAAAUCUCAUGAACAGGCACGAAAAUUAUUGAAUUGAAUCAAAUUUGAUUCAUUUUUUAAAAAGAAAAACCGACAAUAGAUGGUGCUUUUUUUCGUAAAUUCAGU